GGCAAAAACCCCAAAAUUCCUAAUUCCUGAGAAAGCACAAACACCAAAACGAAGUACGCAAUGGACGACGGAGAAGGAGGUCUGAGCUUCGACUUCGAGGGAGGUCUCGAUUCCGGUCCCACUCACCCUACUGCGUCCGUACCGGUGAUCCAGUCAUCGGACCAGAAUGCAGCGGUUGCUGGUCCGAACUCCAUUAAUCCCUCAAACGUCGCUUCAGCCCCCGCGGGCGCCGCCCCCGACGGCGGAAUGGGCGGAAACCGCCGGAGCUUCCGCCAGACUGUGUGCCGGCACUGGCUGCGGUCUCUCUGUAUGAAAGGCGAUGCCUGCGGCUUCCUACACCAGUACGACAACUCCAGGAUGCCCGUAUGCCGCUUCUUCCGGAUUUAUGGCGAGUGCCGCGAACAGGACUGCGUUUAUAAGCAUACCAAUGAGGACAUCAAGGAGUGCAACAUGUACAAAUUGGGGUUUUGUCCAAAUGGUCCUGACUGCCGGUAUAGGCAUGCUAAGCUUCCUGGACCUCCGCCUCCGGUAGAAGAGGUUCUUCAAAAAAUUCAACAUUUAGCAAAUAUUAGAAUUAGAAUUAGAGUUUUGAGAGGGAGAGGGAUACUUGUUAGAUCAAACUUUUGGUUUUGGUUUUGGUUUCAUCAGUUCUCCAAUUUUUGGUUUGCAAUGUGUAUCACUUAGUCAACAAAACUAGUUUUCAAAACAUGCCUGGUGCUUUUGGUGCUUUUGUGAAACACUUGACACUUAGACAGUGCUAUAGUCUGGUUGGAGACUUGUUCUAGAACUUGCAUUCUAAAUGUGUGAGUUACCUUAAUAAACUCUUAGUAACAAAUUCCAUCAACUAAACAAGUUACAACUGAAACCUUUUGUGUCAAACAUUCUGCCAAAACUUAUUUUCUCCAGCUGGUUAGGCAAAAGUCACAAUGAUGUUGCCAUGUGAGUGAGCUACUUGAAGGAAAUGAUAACAAUGCGUUGUGACCGGGUUGGAAGUAUCUUUAUAGGGGUAAAGAAGGGUUUUGUACUUGUUGCAAAGCUGAUGGUAUUGUUUGGGUUGUGUUAGCCACUAGUUAUUGGGUCUAGGCCUCCUCCGCUUGCAUGUUGCAACACACAUGGACAUAGCUACAUGCUAUGUUAAGCUAAGAUAAGAUAGGAUCAUACCGAUUAGUUGUUUUGCACUAGUUGAUCUUGCAACAGGUUUUUGCAAUGCAAAGAUCAUACUGAUUGGUUGGUUUGCACUGGUUGAUCAUUGCAGCAGGUGUUCAAAAUGCAAAAUAGAUGUACUGAAUUAAAUUGGGAUAUAUUUACCAGGAAUAAAAGAUUCUUCAAUUCCCAUGACAGAGAAUUUCACAUUGCAUCCCUUCCUUACAAGCCGGACUUCUAGGUUAUGCCCGAGGGUUGGGAUGGCACCACAAGGGACCCCGAUGAGGUGCACUAUGAAAUAUCAAUGAAAGAAGAUGAGAUGUUGUAUCAGGAAUUUGUCCAAAAGUUCAACUUCAACAAAAUGAAGAUGGAAAAGAAAGUUAAGUGCCACAAGUACAGCUGGAUGCGCCCAACGCAAGGAUGGAACUUCACAGUCGAGAAGUUAGGACAUCGUGGGAAGCGCGGGAAUGGCGGUGGGUGGAAGUUCGUGAGUGUUGCAGACGGAUCUAGUCGUCCUCUUAAUGAUUUUGAGAAGAUGUUCGUGAAGAGGGAAACCCCUCGACGACGCAGAAGGAUCCUCCCGUGAUUCAAUUCACUACUGCGACCUGGGGCUGAAAUAUUUGAAAGGCUUACAUUUCUCUUUACAAUGCUGCAGGCUUAAGUUCCUGGAUCUUUAAGGAUUCGGACUACAUUGUUUGAACAUAGUAAUAUUUGUAAUGUUUUGCAGGAAUUUAAAUAUCUUUUCUCUUUACCCACCCUUACAUUGGCUCUUUUGGUUGAUUAGAGAUAGUGAGAUUACAUGUACGGAUGUACUUUUUCAUCAUUAGCUAAUGAAAAUAAUUGACACUCUUUAUAUUUCUUAAA